CAGUUCUGGUGUGUGGAAGUGAAGUUCUCUAGUUUUGUUCGUUUGCAGUCCGCACUAGUUCCAUGUUAUCCUAUUGCGCAAUCAGUGUGAUAAUAAAGUUUAAAAUCAACAAGCCAGUGAACGAGUGACAGCAGAACAAAAAAAACGGAAAUCGCUUUCUCCAUCAAGAAUUCAAAUGAGAUGCAAAUUUUACUAGUGAUAAUGCGAUUAUUAGUGAUUUUAAGCGCUUCGUUGUUCGUCGUUCGCGCGUCGGGGACCUUUGUGAACUACUCCGUCGUUGCUGCAACGGUGAUUCCUAGUGGUGCCACCAUGACUACUGCUAACCGCACUGGACAGGACUCCGGUGGUGAUACAUUGCUGGUAUUGAGCCAUCCGAAUAGUGGCUCGGUGCCGGUGGUCGCUUCCAACGGUGCUGUGCAGCCAAAGCAAAGGUCAAUACAGAGCAUAGAUCUGCCGAGUGCCCAGUCCACGAACAUCGGGCAGUCGGUGCUGCCAAAGAAUGUCUAUCGAACUAAGUUAUCCAAAUUGAAGCUGAUUCUACUGGCCGAUAUGCUGAAUGAAAUGCCAUCGCCAAUGGAAUUAAUCACCUGUCUGUCCAACUCAUCAAGCCUGAAUGUUACCACAAAGCACUGCGACUGCGAGAGCUACUCCUGCAAAGAUCUGCUGACAUCAUCGUCGGGUUCGUCACCUUUCAACUUGGUAAACCAACGAAAAAUCCAUGCGACAUGUCGUGACCAUUGCUGUCGGAAGAAAAAAUUCAACCGCUCCAUCGAGCCUACGUUUCAGAAUGCCGUUGCCGCGGUGUUCCGUCACAGUUCCAUCGCGUCUAUCCGAACGAAAUCAGCCUCCGGCGAAGCACAUCUCGAGCCGGCUGGCAGGAUAUCCUCAACACCACUGCAACUGAUGACACCUGUCAGCGCUAGCGGCGGCAGCUCUUCGUCACAAACUCAUCCGACGUCGGCACGCGUUCACUCGAGCCGGGAUUGCACCGCCGAUCCAAUCAUCGCAACGAACCUUGACAGGUUGGGUCAAGGGGGAUCGCUGCCACAUCAUCUCCCGUGGCUUUACCGAAUAGUGUUAAUUGAAAAAGCACAGACAAUUUGCGUUGGAACGUUGGUACAUCCCAAUGUGCUGUUGACCACUGCAGUUUGUGUUAUCAACAAAAAUCCGAACGAGUUAAUUGCGCGACGCCAGUCAGCCGAAUCAGACCGAAACUUCACCACUUCCGACAGCGGCGAGGAGCUGUCGCGUGCCGUUCGAAGGAUCCUGCUACCGGGCUUGUUUGCGAAGACGUUCGAGCGACUGGAGAACAAUGUUGCUCUGCUCGUGCUGCAACAGGACGAAGACAAACAACAGCAGAAACCGCAGCAGCCUUCCGAUGAUAGGCUUGGCACUGUUCGGGAGAAACAAGUUCGACAGGGUAGUGGCACUGGUGCCGCCUGGCCACCGCUGCAAGCUGAACAGAACCCACCCAUCGUCCCAAACGAAUGGUCUACGGUUGUACGAAGUAUGGCACCGGGACAUCUUCCCGACCCGGUUGUGGAAAACAAACGAAACUUUCCAGAACCGUCGUAUAUUUGUCUAUCAUCAAUUAUAAAUCAUCCCUCGGUGGGGUCCAAUAUUUGUCGAACCUAUUCCUGGAGAAAACUACGAGGAACUGCUGUCAGUUUCCUCCCUGGAAUCGGCCACCAACGAGAUGCUGGUGACGCAGGUGGUGGCACUGUCGGAAAAAAUCUACGGAGAAACCAGCGACCACGACACCGAGCGCGAUAUCAGAGUCCACCACAGCAGCGGCAGAUUUGGAGCGACGAUGGCACUAAUUACGUAACGGCAAAUAUUAGCAUUUUUCCGGCCAAUGGGAACGAGUGUCGACGGGAACAUCGGGACUAUCUUCAGCACCAGGGCAAUCUGUGUGCCGGACCGGUAGACAGAAGUCAGACGCUGGAUGUGGAUUUUAGUGGAUCGCCCCUGAUUUGCAUGGAAAGGGGUCUCGACGGCCAGGUACGCGUUCAGGUGCGAGGCAUUCUGACGUGGUCAACCGACAUCAACCGGGCUCCGCAUCUAUUUACCAACGUCACAACGUACCGGAGUUGGAUUGAAGAUGAGCUGUACAAACUAGAACCGUAGCUAAGCGGACUGUAGUUGUAACCGGAGGGGUGUAGAAUGACACAUCCGUUGGAUGAGUCUAGAUUGAGCAAUGGGUGAUAUGCGAUAAGUGGAAGUUAGGGCAAUAAAAUUGCAUUUACUAUUUUAAUAGAAGUUUUGUGAAUUUCAGAUUUAGUAGCGAUAUACAUAUUAUUUAAGUUGAUCGAAUUUAUUCAGGUAUUUACACAAAUCUGUAAACAGUAGAUGGCGAGACAGCAAGAAUGUAUCGUAUUUGAUUGAUGAAUAAACAACAUUUUAA